GAGCUUUCUUUCUUGUUCGAUCAAUUUCGGAGCUCAAUCGGCGAAAAUGUUUCAGAAAUCGCUCGCCAGCCCUUUCGCCCCGCCGAUUCCGAUCGGUUCCCUCAAGCCUUGGUCGAAGAGCUCCCGGAAUUUGAACGUCGUUGUUCGAUCUGAAGCGGUGGAUGCUUCGAACAGGGCGGAUCCGAAACCUAAUCCGGCGCCGUCGAAGCUGUUCGAAUCGUCGUCGUCGGCGGCGGCAGGGCCGUACCCGGGCGGAAUGGGGCUGCACACCGGCCGGGAUCCGACGGUGAGGAAGCCCGAGUGGCUGCGGCAGAGGGCGCCGCAUGGGGAGAAGUACGCGAGGCUGCAGGAGUCGCUUGCGGAGUUGAAGCUGAACACCGUCUGCGUGGAGGCGCAGUGCCCCAACAUUGGAGAGUGUUGGAAUGGAGGGGGAGGAGCAGGUGGCGAAGGGGAUGGUAUUGCGACUGCGACGAUUAUGCUUCUAGGGGAUACCUGCACCCGUGGCUGUAGAUUUUGUGCAGUGAAAACCAGCAGAAACCCGGCACCACCGGAUCCUAUGGAGCCGCAGAACACAGCUAAGGCAAUUGCAAAUUGGGGGGUGGACUAUGUUGUGCUUACAAGUGUAGAUCGUGAUGACCUACCUGAUGGCGGAAGUGGCCAUUUUGCUCAGACAGUCAAAGCUUUGAAGAAGCUUAAACCCGAUAUUUUGGUCGAAUGUCUAACUUCUGAUUUUCGAGGAGAUCUUGAGGCUGUCUCACUGUUGGCAGAUUCUGGCCUAGACGUAUUUGCCCACAACAUUGAGACCGUGAGGCGGUUGCAAAGAAUUGUUAGAGAUCCUCGGGCAGGGUACGAUCAGAGUUUAAAUGUCCUGAAGCAUGCAAAGCUAUGCAAGGAUGGGAUGGUUACAAAGUCUUCUAUCAUGCUAGGGCUUGGAGAGUCAGAUGAGGAGGUAAAGGAAGCAAUGGCUGAUUUAAGGGCCAUUGGUGUUGAUAUUCUUACAUUGGGGCAGUACUUGCAGCCGACACCACUACACCUAACGGUCAAAGAGUAUGUGACGCCUGAGAAGUUUGCCUUCUGGAAAGAAUAUGGAGAAUCUGCUGGUUUCCGCUAUGUUGCUAGUGGACCACUGGUUCGGUCUUCCUACAGAGCAGGGGAGCUAUACGUUCAGAAAUUGCUGAGAGGAGAUUCUACAUUGGCCAGUAGAACUUAGUCAACACAAAUGAUCGAGAGAUUUUGAGCUAUUCAGCCUCUUAUCUUUGAAUGAUUAAUGUAAAAUUUUGUUCUUGUUUGUAGACUUAAUAGUUGAUGCUGGGCAAGUAUAGUUGUUAGUUCUAAUUGUGUCUGUGUGGUUUCAAUUUUUUGACUGUGAUGACAAUUUAUUUCAAAAGUAAAAUAACUACAGUUAUUUCAUACUAA